AGCGCGAUCUGCGGCUCCCGUGGCGUGCUCCGCGGGGUCUCUCAGGGCUGGCACCAGGGGCGUGGGGGCGGGGCUGAGCGAGUCCAGGCCAGGGCUCCGGGGACCGUUUGUAGUUAGGAUCCGCUGUGGCGUCCUGAGUGGAGUUUGGGACCCCAGGGAGGGAGGGUGUGGGCGUUCGGGUCCAGAGGAGCUGUUUAGUAUCCAAGAUGAAUGACAGCCUGUUUGUCAGUUUGGACAGACUUUUGCUAGAAUUUGUCUUCCAGUAUGAGCAAGACAUAAGUACUAAAGAAGAGAUGAUUCAAAGAAUUAAUAAAUGCUGUGAAGAUAUUAAGGAAAACAAAGUAACUAUUUGUAGGAUACACGAAACUAUAAAUGCAACAGAUGAGGAAAUUGAUCAUUACUGUAAACAUAGUGAGGAGAUUAAAGACAACUGUAGAAACUGGAAGCCAACAUGUGAUGUUUUUCGUAAACAUGAAGAUUAUAUGCAGGACCAAUUUACUGUUUAUCAAGAAACUAUUGAAAAAGACAAAGAAAUGUAUCAUGAUUAUAUAUGUCAGUAUAAAGAAGUUUUGAAGCAGUACCAACUAAAAUACUCAGAAACACCGUUUUCACGUGAAUAUUAUGAGAAGAAAAGAGAACAUGAAGAAAUUCAAAGCAGAGUGUUGGCAUGUACUGAACAAUUAAAAAUGAAUGAAACAAUUUUUAUGAAAUUUCGAGUGCCUGCUCCCUUUCCAUCACUUACUAAAUGGACAUUAAACAUUGUUAAUUUGAGAUGUGAAACACAAGAUAUUCUUAAACAUGCCAGCAAUCUUACCAAAAGUUCAUCUGAAUUGAAGAAAGAAGUAGAUGAAAUGGAAAUAGAAAUUAAUUAUUUAAACCAGCAGAUAUCUAGGCAUAAUGAAACUAAGGCUCUUUCAGAAACUCUGGAAGAAAAGAACAAAAAUACAGAAAACAGAAAAGAACUGAAAGAAAGAAUUUUUGGAAAAGAUGAGCAUGUACUUACAUUGAAUAAAACUCAAAGCAGUCAAUUAUUUCUUCCUUAUGAAUCUCAGAAAUUAGUAAGACCAAUAAAGAUGCAUUCUUCAGAACCAAGAGUUGCAGAUAUGAAAGAAGAAAGUUCUGCGAAGCAGUCAAAGCUUGCCAAUAUUGACUUUAGACAAAAAGAAAAUGAUACACAGAUAUUUAAUGACUCUGCUGUGGAUAACCAUUCAAAAUGUUCACAUAUUACGACUAUCACAAGUUCACAAAAGUUUAUGCAAGUCAGAUUGUUAACCCCACAGAAACAAUCAAAUUCCAAUCAGUGGUCGGAAAAAGGAGAUAAAGAUGCUGAGUAUGGAGAUAAAGGGACAGUAAGACAAGUAAGAGAAUCAAAAUGUACUUCACAAGCUAUAUAUACUGAACAUUUUGGGAAGUCAAUAGAAAAUGAUAGUGACGAAGUAGAAGAGAGAGCUGAGAAUUUUCCACGAACGUCUGAAAUUCCUAUAUUUUUAGGAACUCCCAAAGCUGUGAAAGCACCUGAGUCAUUGGAGAAAAUAAAAUUCCCUAAAACCCCCCCGUUCGAAAUUAACAGAAAUAGAAAUGCAGUACCUGAAGUUCAAACAGAAAAGGAAUCCCCUGGACUUUCUUUUCUUAUGAGUUAUACUUCUAGAUCACCUGGAUUGAAUUUAUUUGAUUCUGCUGUAUUUGAUACAGAAAUCUCAUCAGAUCAGUUUAAUGAACAUUAUUCUGCAAGAAAUCUAAAUCCUCUGUCAUCAGAGCAAGAGAUUGAAAAGACCAAGUGUUUUCAGAAUGAGGGGAAACAAGGUCAUCAUGAGCUAGAAAACCUGGGAAGGAUUCACCGAAGAGGUAAAAUUGAAUUAGGACUUUACAGGCAGGCACUAUCAUUAUUGCCAUAGAAGAGAAACAGACAAAAAAAAUUACUUGUUUAAGAUUACACAGCUACAGCCAGACACGGUGGCUCAUGCCUGUAAUUCCAGCACUUUGGGAGGCCGAGGUGGACGGAUCACAUGAGGCCAAGUGUUCAAGACCAGCCUGGCCAACAUGGCGAAAACUCAUCUCUACUAAAAAUACAACAACAGCAACAAAAUUAGCCGGGUGUGGUGGUGCAUGCCUGUAAUCCCAGCUACUCAGGAGGCUGAGGCAUGAGAAUCACUUGAACCCGGGAGGCGGAGGUAGCAGUGAGCCAAGAUGGUGCCAUUGCGCCCCAGCCUGGGUGACAGAGCAAGACUCUGUCUCAAUAAAUAAACAAAGAAAGAUUAUGCAGCUACUAAAUGGCAGAGCUAGGAUUUGAACUAGGCAGAGUCUUAUCUUCUUACACUACCUAUAAAGUGAGGUGUUCUGUGUUUUUUUUUUAAAAAAAAACAAUUAUAAUUGCUUCAUAUUUUAACUCUCAGAGGCUAAUCUUAUUUCCCAAUUCCCAAAUCUUGGAAGUCACAUAUCUCAUUUUUGACCACAUGAAACACUAAAAUUCAUUCCAAAAUUUAAAAAAAAUGAAAGAGGCUAUUACAGUCAUUCAAGUGAAGGGUGACCAUAACUAGGUUGAGAAUGGUGGUGAUGGUGCUGGGAUGAACAGGUUUAAGAACUAUUUAGGAGCAAAAACCAACACAACAGGCUUAUGGACCCAUAUAGUUUUAGGUAAGCAGGAGGGAGAUACUGUGGCUGACUCAGGACUUGAACAUGCAUAGUUGGGUAGAGAGAGUAGCAGGCACUGGGGAGCACUGAAGGAGGUAAAGAUGGGGGUGGGGAAGAAUCAUGAAUUCCAUUUUGAUUAGGUUGAGUAGUCACAUAUACAGGUCUAGAGCUCAAAGGAGAAGAGGAGGAGAGGGCCUAGGACUGAGUCUUGAGCAACUCUGACAUUUAAAGGCCAGGAGGAGAAGAAUGAGUCUGCAAAGGGAAUAAAGAAUGAACAGGUAGGAGGGUUGGAGGAAACAGGAGAAUGUUGAUUCUCAGAAGCCAAGGAAGCACUUUUCAGAAGCAGAAAUGGUAAGUGCCCCACUCCAGGCCCAUGAGAACUUUGGGAUGCUCUUUUUUGCCUCCUGAGAUGUGUGGGAUCAAUGCUCGUAGUUGGCUCCCACCCCACACUUCUUCUCUAGCACACUGGAUAAUGCAGAUAACUUCUUCCCCAGGCUUGCUGUCUCCUGAGCUUCCACCCAAGACAGGGCCUAGGUCUUCACUACUCUAGGAUCUGGAUCCCUGAAGUAAUGGUUAAAUGAUGCAACAUGCAAAAUAGCUUUUUGAAAUUUCAAUUGCAUAUUCCACCCCACUGAGAUGUAUUUAGUCCUAUUUCAAAUAUAAUUUGCUUCAGCUGCUAGAAUAUUUACUCCAGGCUUUCAGAGGCUUUAUCAUGAGUUUUGGUUGUCUGUUGCUGCAUAACGAACCACCCCACAUAUAGUUGCUAAUCAAAAUAACAACAGAAUUUGUUUUGUUCAUGAAUCUGCAAGUUGGGCAGGUCUCUCUCAGGGACAGCCUGUCUCUUCUCCAUUUGCAGCAUCUUGAAGUUUCAGGCUAGGAUCAUUAGUUCACCAGGUCUGGUGCUGGGGCUAGAACCACUAACACUCUUCAGGUAUCUCUCUGUAUGGUCGCUAGCAUGGCGGCUUCAGGGCAGCCAGACUAGUAACCUGUCACCUCAAGGAGAGACAGAGAUGCUGUUUACUUUUUAUAACCUAACCUCAGAAGUUUCACAGUGUCUCUUUUGCUGCAUCCUAUGCCUUAGAAAUGAGUCAUUAUACUAACAUAUUAAAAGAGAGAGGAAUUAGAUUUCACCUUUGAUGGAAGAUUGUCAAAGAAAUUGCAGACAUGUUUAAAAACCACUGUACUAUGAUAGAAAAGGACAAAUUAGAAAGGACUCAGAGCUCAGCUAGUUUAAAGCUUGAGUUUUUCAGGUGUGGAAGCUGAAAGAGGGUAACUGAGUUGCUCAAACUGUUCACUCAAGGCAAGCAUUGAGCUGGAAUAAAAACACUUUCUUGCUGUGCCUCAUGAUUAAGACCUUUUUCCUAAAGAUAAUAGCAGUCCUUGAUUACUACUGGGUACCUUUUUUUGAUGGUUUUACUGACCAGUAAGGAAUCUGAUAUAAUUACUAUGACAUGAAACCAUAUAUAAUAUGUUAAAUCAUUAUAAGAGCAGAAACAUCUAAGAAAUAUUUCUCCAAACUCUUCUUUAGCUUUUUGAAAAAGAUUAAUUGGCUUGCUUAUAUUAAAGUCACAAUUUUUUAAGGGGCUUAAACGCAGUGAUGAAAACUGUUCUUCAAGGCAGUUUCCAAAUUUUACCUGUUUUGUGGCAUUUUUCGGGAUCAACCUAGUCAGUAAUAAUGGCUUUCACUCAGAGGCAGAUUGACAGUAAAACUACUGAAGUGUUCUUUGACUCUCUUCUGAUGUAUUCACUGAGUUAUGCUUUUGUAAAAUUUGCAAGAAUAAGAUAUUUUAACUGUAAUCAGUUAAAGCCAGUUGUGUGAGAUGAUAUUCGAAUGGCCAAUGGCACUUUUGAGAUCCAAAUGAGGGACUGGUGAGUUGAGGGCACAUUUUGAGUUUAACAGGGUAUGUUUAGGUGGCUUGCAGUUGCUUCAGUGUCUAUCUAAGGAACCCCAGAAUGAUGUCAGAAUGGCUUUCAGUGUAUUCCUUUGGCCCAUUGUGCCUGCUCAGCCAGCACAUGACAGGAAGGUAUGAGGCCAGAGUCCAGACCACCCUAUGAAGGUGUCCUAUGGUGCUGUGACAGACAGCUCCCACACAGUUACCAAGGAUGCUGCCUCCUGUGUAAUCUUCCCUGUGUAAUCCCCUCCCUGUGAGUGUGGGUGGGGCCUAGGAACUCCUUCCAACUGAAUAGUGAUAGAAUAUCACUUCUGUAAGUAGAUUACAGAAGAGAUUGUGGCUUUGUUUUGCUAGCAUGUUCCCUCUUGCUUGUGCACUCUGAUGAAGCCCGCUGCCAUGUUGUGAGAUGCUCCAUGGAGAGGCCCAUGUAGAAAGAAAUGAUUUCUAUAAUAAUUAUGUGAAAUAGAAUUUAUCAGAUUCCCUUGUUUGUAGUCACAAACCUAUAGGAAAUCAACAAACACCAAGUGCAUCUUUUACGGCUAAUAUAUGAAAGAAACUUGAUGGGGGUUUCCAGAAUUUUCCUCAAAAAAUACAGGGGGCAAUAUAUUAUAGAGGCAUGUCAGAAAAUUAAGCACAAUUGUGAUGUUUAUGGUAUAUGUGAACUUUCUAAAGUUUGUAAUUUCUUGUUAUUUAUUUUCUCAACCUAAAUAAAUAUUCGUUUUCUUACCUA